GUGACAGUCGCUAUUGUUUCAUAUUUUUUUGGAAAGUAAAUCAUUCUAAACCGAGAUCGGGAGUUAACUUUUAAUGUAUAUUCAAGCUAAUCUUCUGUCCUUGCUGUGCUUGGCUAUCAGCGAUCUUCUGCCAUCGACAUGGGCCCGAUCACUGACCGUCUCGCUCAACAUGUCCAUGACUCGGACUCUCGUGCCUGAUCCUCCCAAUGGAACUGAGCCCAAGCUCAGCCAGGACAUGUUGAGGUCCUGCAUGCGAAAGACCGAGAUCUCAAUGUCCCAGCUAAAACUCUUCCAUAUGAGUCUGCUGAACAACGAUUACAAUGCCGAGAAUGAAGUGGCUCCGCCACCAGCCCAAGCUAUGAGUGAUGUCAAUGCUUUGCCUGAUCUGGACUUCUCCGGGAACUCCCAGAUGCCGUUCCUCAACUUGAAACACAACGAACCGCUCCAGUGCUUCGUCAGCUGCCUGUACGAGAGCCUGGACGUGGACAGGUACAACAUCCUGCUGGAGGAAGCGUUCAAGAACCAGGUCCAGACCAUCAUCCAGCACGAGAAGGCCGACAUCAAGGAGUGCAGCGAUCUCCAGGGCAAGUCACGCUGCGAGGCAGCCUACAAGCUCCACCUGUGCUACAAUCACCUGAAGACCCUGGAGGCCGAGCAACGUAUCCGGGAGAUCCUUGAGCGGACGGAGGCCGAGAGCGAGGGACUCGGUCCGGACGGCAACGACUUUAUUGAUGGGAUUCAGCACUCCGGGGAAUCGGCAACCGAAUCCAAGCCGGAAUAAAUAUAGGGCUCUUAUGUUUCUUAUUUGGUGUCUGAAAAAUCCUACACAAUAUAGUUAAAAACCAAUGGGUGUGCACAAAUUAAAAAAUAUGUUUAUUAAAGUGCCUUUUAGUGCAACAUGACAAUAAAGGUUUUUUAAUACAAAAAUGUGAUU